UUGGUAUCGCCGGUCAACCACGCCAAGUUGAGAACCGCGCGGAUCGAGUCAAGUGUGGCAUGUCCAGCCAGUACCCUUAUGGCCUAGGUGACGUGGAUUACACCCUGAGUCACUUCCAACAACCUUGGACUUAGGUCUGUCACAGUCAUUGUUUGUACCGGUGACAGACCUUCGUAUUGGUGACAUACCUUCAACUGUAAACUGGUAUAUGCACCAGUUCUGGAAGCUAUAUAUACCUGACCUCCAUCCCACAUUUUCAAACUUUCCUCUUCCCAUCUCUCACAACAACAUAAAAAAAAAUAAAAAAAACAACUUUCAUAUAUUGGUUGACUCUAUCAUCCAUAGACUCAAUCAUCUACAAACUUACUUUCCUGUUCACUUGGGCGUCUCUGUCCACUCAAUCGUAAGUGGAUUCAAUCGUCUGUCAACGAAAUCACCUGCUAACUACCUAGGUAGCUAAUCAGUUCAGUUGACGCGACCUUCGCCUCGUCUAUCCCCAGCUGCACACAUCAUCACCCUUCACCCGUCACUCAACUUUCAUCUUCAUUGCCAAGAUGGGAGCAGCCCCGAGUUCGACUCGGAGUUCAGCUCAGAGCUCAUCUUUGAGUUUGGUUCAGGCUUCAGCUCGGGAUCGCGCCUUCGCAGUCACCGAGAUACUCGAAAUUAUCUUCUUGCACAUCGAUAGCAGGGAGCUUUUCCUCAACGUGCAGCGGGUGUGCAAGGAGUGGCGGGCGACUAUCGCGGGAUCUCUCAAAAUCCUGACAGCCCUGUUCUUCCGCAGCAGUCCUAAGUCGCUGAACUGGGAAAGGUAUACCAAGAAUCACUAUGUCGCAUACCUUUGGCCAAAGCUUUUCAACGCGACCUUAUUCCACUGGGGAUCGUAUCCCAACCACACCAAAUACAGCUACAUGUCGCUUGAUGAGAUCCGCAGUACCCUCGAUUACGGCAUGCGGGAAAUAUGGCUGGCUAAUAAUGUUUCCUGGCGAGAGAUGCUUGUGUCACAGCCGCCAAUCACAAAGAUUCACUGGCAAGUGUGGAGAGAGGACGAAGAGGAUCUUCGAGAACCGCUGCCUGGAACAAUAGCCGAGUUCAACUUUCCAACUGGGCUACGCAUGGGGACUUAUUACGACUUGAUCCUCGGUACCAGAGGCGAUCAUGAGAUCACAUGGCCGACCUUGACUCCUGGACACCAUGGGAGACGGGAUCUUGGACAAUGGGAACGCGAGCAGGCUCGGUGGGCAUUUGAACAAGGCGCAAUUCUCAUCCAGCAACGCGUUCACGAGGAACCCCUGAGACUCACCUUCCUGCGAGACACAUUCUGGGACCCGAAAUAUCUUCACUACUACUACCGAAAUCUCACUGCACUCAGGAGACGAGAGGUCAAAAUCGUAGGCGGAGGUGUGACUUCGGAAUAUAAGACAAGCGGGACUGAUCAAGCCUCCGCCAUGGAGAUAUUCCUCCGUUAUGCCCAAGAUCCCGUCACUCCCAUGGCCUACUAGUCCUGACAAGAU